AUGGUUGAAAUCAAGGCUACAUCGAGUGCAAUGGCAUGCAAUAAAGUGGGGCUGGACAAACAUCUAUUCACAUUGGAAACAAUCAUUGAGAAAAAUUGCUUGCGUUGUCAACAAUAUGCAGUCGAGGAUCCGUCCAAUACAGAUGCGACAAAGCCAAUGAGUGCAAUUUUACUCGUGCUCAAUGGUACAAUCUGGUCAAGGUCCCAUCCGGGACAAAAUAUUACUUGUGAUGGGAAAAGUCAUGACCCCACAUCCCAAAAGUUACUAGUUUCAGAAGUGGAUCACGGUUUCUAG